UUUUCGGUCGGUUGAGCAGAAGGCGUGGUGGUGUAUACAUGGGGUUGUUAAAAACAUGUGUCAGAGAAGUGUAGUGUUACGCAUAGUGUCUCUUUGAUAGCCACGUAUAGACCACAUAAAAGUCCAGUGGAGCAUCAAAGGAAGCACACUAAAGAAAUGUCCCUGCUUUCGACGAGCCUGUUUACUGGACCACUCAAGUCGGAAUAGCACAAGCAUUUUGCGUAAGCUCAUUCUGUGGGCCGGUGGUGUCAGCUGUGAUGCGGGUUACAUGAGCUGAUCGAACAGUAAAGGUAAUUGCGUGAUGUUGGCAGUUGUGCACGCUCAACAAAAAUAACUCGCCACCAAUGAUACUGUAGUUUCAUUUUGGAGUAUCCAGGAAAAACAUCUCUAAUUCAGUACGGGGAGAGAUGACUGCCGUGCAACUCACCCUGCUGUGCUGGCUUUCUGUUGCCACGCUUGCAUGGGCACAAAGUGCAGUUUCAGACGUCAGCUGUGAGCGACUGAAGGACCCAACCAAUGGCAAGGUGAUAUACGUUUACAACACGACCACUGUUGGGUCGACUAUAUUGUUUAAGUGCGAUGAUGGAUAUACGACAUACAGUGCACGAUGCCUGCCUGGAGGCAUCUGGGAUCAGAGCCCUCCAACUUGUCCAGAGGUUGGUUGCAAACGGCCCAAGGACCCGGUUCAUGGCAAAGUGAUCUAUAUUCAGAACAAGACCAGUGUUGGGUCGACUAUAUUGUUCAAGUGCAAUCAUGGACUUUUGACAUACAAUGCAAGCUGUCUACCUGGAGGCACCUGGGAUAAAAGUCCUCCAAUUUGUCCAGAGCUCAGUUGCGAGCGGCUCGAGGAUCCAGCCCAUGGCAAAGUGAUAUACGCUGAGAACAAGACAAGUGUUGGGUCGACUGUUUUGUUCAGGUGCAAUUAUGGACACACGGCAUACACUGCACGCUGCUUACCUGGAGGCACCUGGGACCAAAGCCCUCCAACCUGUCCAGCACCUCCAAAUGAGGUCACAACUGGGAAGGAUGGAAGGCAAUGCCCUCAACUUCGAGAUCCUCCCCAUGGAAAACUUUUGAGCAAUGGUUCAACCAACAGUUCAGCCGUGUUUGCUUGCAAUGAGGGAUAUGUUAUGAAAGGUUCCCCCACCUUGGUUUGUCAGCCUGGAGGCACAUGGGAGCCACAGCAAUUGCCUACCUGUGUUGUUGCAGAGGUCAGCUGUGAGCGGCUGAAGGGCCUAGCCAAUGGCAAGGUGAUAUAUGUUGACAAGAAGACCACUGUAGGGUCAACUAUAUUGUUUAUGUGCAAUGAUGGAUAUACGAAAUACAGUGCACGAUGCCUGCCUGGAGGCAUCUGGAAUGAGAGCCCUCCGACUUGUCCAGAGGUUGAUUGCGAACGUCCCAAGGACCCGGCUCAUGGCAAAGUGAUCUACAUUCAGAACAAGACCAGCGUUGGGUCGACUAUAUUGUUCAAGUGCAAUCAUGGACUUUUGGCAUACAAUGCAAGCUGUCAACCUGGAGGCACCUGGGAUAGAAGCCCUCCAACUUGCCCAGAGCUCAGUUGCGAGCGGCUCGAGGAUCCAGCCCAUGGCAAAGUGAUAUACGCUGAGAACAAGACAAGUGUUGGAUCGACUGUAUCGUUCAGGUGCAAUUACGGACACAUGGCAUACACUGCACGCUGCUUACCUGGAGGCACCUGGGACCAAAGCCCUCCAACCUGUCCAGGUCAAGCUCCAUUUCCAUGGGUCAUUGCGGCAGGUGUAGGUGCAGCAGUGCUUGUGCUAUGUAUUGUGGCCGUAGUGUGUCUAUUGUGUCGCCGCCGCCACCGCCGCCCUACUGGCUAUCGGCGACAGAUCAGGAAACCCAGUGCGUCAGACUCUCACACGCAAAAUGAAGUGGCACACCUGCACAAGCCUUACCCAGUCACGAGCCUAUAGGACAUUGUGAUAAUGAACAGCUGUGUGACCCUCAACUCAAAUGGAUCGUAUUUAGAGCCUUGUGUUUUAGGGUUAAAGCCAGCAGAAGCCGUUUUUAUCCCCCGAUUUGCAUAAUCAUCACUUAGGGUAAACUACGAAAACCUUUGAAAAUUAACUUGCAAAAGUGCAAAGUCAGAUGCCAAUACAGGCACUGGCGAACGCUAAGCGCUGCGCAUCCAACACAGCUGCUCGGCAUCCCAUGUUAAUCUUAAAUGCAAGACACUCUCUUUAUUUUCCACCUGAAAAUUUGCUCAUUCACUCGAUGUACAGUAAAACUUGUGUAUAACGAUAUCAACGGUAUUCGCGGAUUUGAUCAUUAUACGAGGAAUAUUGUAAAAGAAGGGCUAUUUAAAAAAGUGCCCUAUCAAGAAAAUGGUGUGUCACCCUGCUAGUAAAAAAAAAAAGGAGGAAAGAAAAGAGAGACAGUCAGAAGCCACAGGAAAAUUCAGCACUUAAUUUGAAGUAACUUGUUAUUGACCAUAGCAACGUCACAUUUUAAAAGCGUUCAGCUGGGACAAGUACUGUGCAGAGAGAUCAUGCUGCAUAAUGAAACUUUUAUGUGCACCAAUAACACAAAGUGCCACUGCACAUGUAUGUCUACGGCAAAUUAUCUUCCUCUCUACCGGAGGUUUUGUUACUGUUCAUCUCAUCCAUUGGUACCUCACGCAUGAUUGCGUUGUCCGUCAUGAGCUCUGUGUCUAACAAAUCGUCGUCUGCGCUGACGUAAUCGUAUAAUGAAGUGCGUCUGUCAACUGGGUUGACUCUAUGGAUGGUUGUCGAAGACAUUAUGUCUCAUGAUCAUGAGAUUCGUCGUCCUCAUUAGUGACUGUGUUGAACGCAGGCACAUCUCCCUCAGGCGGAACAAAGCCACGUUUCAGGAAGCAGUUUCUUAUCGUCGUCCAACGCACGUCAUGCCAUGCCGUGUACAGAAACUGAACAGCCACCAGUGGCAUUACUUCAUUAUUCAGACAGACCUCGUUCUCUUUACGCACUUGCACCUGUCAGUGCGGAAGAUUAUGCGGUCAACAACGUAACAUCUGUACAGAACUUUUGUUUUGUGUUGUCUGUACAGAACAUUUGCAAGGAUCCUCAGUCCAUCGGUUGAAGCCCUGUGGUAGUGUUCAGUGGCAGAAAAAGAAGUUCCACUACGGUCAAAUGAACUUCUACAUGAUGAGCAGUACAAUUGUGAUGAACUAGCAGGAACUUCCUUUGCUUCCUGCGCAUGUCAACGUCAAACUCUUCAAGCCGCUAACUGAACAGUGUGCGUAUCAUCCAGGCCUUCUGAUUGUGGCAGUAACGAACAGGGAUUCGUAAAUCCACGGGCUUUCUCUGCUUCCCAAUCACUAAAGGUUUCUCUCGUUGCUGCCGUCCAUAUUUGAGCUUCCCCUCCCAAAAAAGGCACGGUAAUCCGUACUUUGCUGUGCUUGACCCUGCACAAUCUCCCCCUUCAAAUGCAUGGGUACUCGGAGGUAGGAGCUGGUAGAAAAGUCUCAUCGCCGUUGUAUACGUCUUUCUCUUUGUACCUUUGAAAAAUAUCCUGGAGGUGCUCUUGUAGAUGUGCCUCCCUACCGCAAUUGUCCACUGAAGCACUUUCGUGCACAAUUCCAUACUGCUCCUUAAACCUCUGCAGCCAUCCUCCGCAGGUUAUGAAGUUUUCAUUAUCGAGUAGGAAGGCAAACUGCCUGGCUUUCGCGGUAAGCUCGAGGCUGGGACAUUGCGGGAACGUGCAUCCACAAUCCUUUUGUAAAGUGCUUCUUCAAGAGAUAAACUGAUGUUCUGAGGCUGGAACAACAUAGAAGGGACAGAUACAAACAAAGCCUCAAGCUGGCUAACCUUUUCAGUGACUUUCAUCUUUCAUCGUUGCUUCUUCAACUUUGCGUACACACGCUCAUGAAUCCUCGCUUGAACGCAUGAACGCUUCGCAGUUGCAUUGUCACUGGUAGCUUGCUCGCUCAGUUCCUCUCCGGUCUUCAAGAUUGUGGAGACUGCAAAAGUCUGUGCUGCUGACCAAUGCACGUCAUUUUCGCCUCACAGUGAUGCCCAUCGAUAAUUACCAGGUCAGUUGCUUUGCGUUUGUUCGGCUGGUGUGCAUUCAUUGACGGCGGGCAGUACCGAUAAUGUGCUAAGGCUCAACUGAACAAGAGUUGCUCUGCAGGUUAUCGAAGCAGAAACUGACAGUCACCAGGGAAAACAAAAACGCUAAAACCCCAUGAAACGGGUUGCAAGGGUAUGAAGUGGUCAGCCUCCUGGUGUCCCCAUUCUUCUUGUGUCCUCGCAUUCACGAAACAAUUGAACGUGCGAGCAUCCACGUGGCGCGAAAGUUAUGCGAGGGGAAAAGCGUCUGAUACCACUGUAUGAGUACUCGAAAUGGCGAUCUCCAUUGCUAUCUGCAUGUUGUUUAUCCAUAGAAACAAUGCACAUUUUGACAGUAAAAGCAUGAACCAUCGCUCUACGAGGGAUAUCAUUACGAGGUAUCGUUAUCCCCGGGUUUUACCGUAUAACCUUAUUGGUCAGAUUUUACCCUAUUUUACUGUUUCUGAAAUAAAAACCAAUUCUUACCCUCCUCCCCCCAAUUUUCAACCCGAAAACACAAGGUCCUAAUUAUAUUCAGAGCCUGAAGUUUUAGGGUUUCACCCGUUUCUUCCCUGAAUUUGCACCCCAUAUUGAAGGCUGCCUCUUUAAGGUGAAACCAGCUUUUUACUUGAAAAUUGCCCUCACUAAACGCCUGUAGGAAUGAAGACUAGCUUGUUUGGCAGCAAGCACAGUUACAUCACCGUUUGCACCAAAACAGUAUGGUUCGUUUGAGUAAUAGAGCCCGAUUUCUCCCUGAAUCUCGCAUACUGGAAGUUUUCCCACCCGAAUUCGCAUGAAUUUUGAGCACAUGUUGAUUUCCCCGAUUUUUACCCCCCGAAUUGGGGGAAAAAUAUGUCCCGAAAACUUCAGGCUCUAAUUAUAUAUUACAUUUAUGUGCCUCACUUUGUGCCUUCAAUUGUAUUGCUGUACGAUAGUUUAUACUGAGGGCACAAUAGGUAUUCUGAGCUCUCCUUUUUUUCACAAAGCCUUCUAGAUUUUGUUCCAGAGAUUCUCAACUGGCCUCAGUGGAUCGGUUGGUAGCGUGUCCGCCUCCUGAUCCCAGGGUUGCUGGGUAAAACCUGGCCGAGGACCGCCAGCAACUUGGUGGCAAGGUACAAGUUGCUUAGGCACGCCGUCUUCCGCGAGGGACGUUAAAUACGGUGUGCCGUGUGCAGAGAUUUUCGUGCACGUUAAAGAACCCUCAGGUGGGCAAAAUUAAUCCACAGACCAACCACUGUGGCGUCGCACGUCAUCAUAGUUGUUUCACGAUGUAAAGCGAUGAAUUAUUUUACAAGAUUCUCGAUAUCCAGACAUGUGAGUCACGCAAGUGUGAUACCUAGUCAUGUAUUGCUCUUUUCUUUGAGCACUACUAUAGAAGUCCUCUAUUUUGUUUCACACCCAACUGGUUUUCCGUGCGCCCUGAAAAGCCCAAGUUUGAGAUUGAAAUAACAUUGACACACACCUUUUGUGGACCCGUCAAGCGUGACACAAAUUAUGCCACACUGGCUUGACUACCUGUAACUGUAACAAAGGGCAUCUUGCGGACAGACAGAACAUGCAAGCUGAACAAGUAUCCUAGCAGGUAUCCCAGGUCUCCGUUUGACACGGAAAAUGCGGAUUUCGAGUUUGGUCACGAAAAAAUGAAUUUUGUUUAUCGUUGUAGAUGAAAAUAGUGCUGCCCACUUUGUCAUGUAUCUUGGACCAUUCCCUCACUAAAGCAUGUGGCGGUUCAUAGCAGCCAAUUGUAAGCUCGCAAGAUAACAACAGUACAUUCUCCAAAUAUACACAAGACCCUUUUGCUGAUACAGAACAACCCCAAACUUACAUGCUUUAGCACUCCCUCUCUCUCAAAUUGCAAUACAUUUGUUUCACGUCCCCAGUCUGCUCUUAAAGAGGAAGAUGCAGCUGGGUUGCUAUAGGUCAACUGUAACAACGUCGCAUUGCAGACAGGCAGACAGACAGUUUGUGUACAAAUUAUGAGAACCAGAGAGCGGCAACAGUUUUCUGCUUCGUAGGGAUAAGUGCCACUUCAGGGGGCAUGUAAUGGUCUCUAUAUGAAGCCUGAAAAAAUGUAAUCUGACCACAUUGAAGUCUGAUUUUAUUACCGUCUGUGUGGAAAGUUGCGACAGAGUGAAAUUAUUAUUGCCUGCGUGGGGCAUCAGUCAUGGAAAAAUGCGAAAUUGCCAGUAGUUUAGUGUGGAAUUGGAAUAUUUUUGCUGCCGUAAACUAGGAUCUCUGAAACAGAGAUGGCACUGCCCUGAAAAUGAGGCAGGCGACAUCUAGUGAACAUGAUACAUGUAAAUUAACCAAGCUGAGGCCUAUGCUUUUAGACAUUGGAGGUUUUGUGUUUGUUGGUGUGACAGCCUCAGCAUGGGUAAGUCAUGUUCAGAAAUUUAAAUUUUCCACUGAUAUGUUCAUUCAUGUAUGCAGAAGACGUGAUGUCACAGACUGGAAACCGAAGGAACCAGCUUUUUCGAUGUGCUAGAUUGAAAGCUCUCUUGGGCAUUAAGCCCUCUUGGGCAUUAAGCUUGCGCACUGCACUCCUUUUUGUGCAAAUAUGUAUUCCAGGGCUUGUAAUUCUAGUGUCUACCCUUCCUGACAUAUUUUAUUUUCAAACCCUUCCAUACUCCUUUAAGUAUCAAAGACCAACACUGUUUUCGACCAGCAGCGUGCAAGUAGCUUUAUUGUGUACAUUUCUGGAAAUGAUGGUGCUCAGUUAAUGCAGCUUCACUCGGAACUCUAUUGACGCAUACUUCUGGUUCUACACACAAAAAUUUCUGCACACAAGAAAAGAGAGUGUGGCACUUGACAUGGAAAACUGCAUUAAUCCUACCAGUGACCACACCAGACAAGGUACUGUAUAGCAGUGAUGUCACCCACCAUAUAAGUAUUGUUACCCUAGCAAACUGAAACAAACACAAGUUUGGAGCAUUCUUGAAAUUUUACUCGACCUAAGAUUUCACCUUAAAGCGAUAUGAGCAUGAAGCAGCGCGGUGCCUUCCGCCUCUGCUAUGAAUUUUGGUUCCCGUGAAUCAUGUUCUUGAGGCAAUUAUGCUAAUGAAUGCAAAAUAUUUUCCACACAGGGAAAGAUACUUGAGCAGUAUUUUCUAUCUUCUUGUAUUGUACAGUAUGAGUUUUGAAUCACUAUGGACUAAAAAGUGAUAUUUAUUUUACUUUGUAUGAUAAAUGAACCUUGCUCAACAGCUCCGUACGCAAGAUAUAGAUGCCAUCAGUGAACAUUACGCACUUAUACAAAUUUUCGAAAGAAGCGGCGAAACUCCAUAGAUUUGGAUUCUCCAGGAGUAGUUUGUCGCCAUGAGCAAUGUUGCCAGAUGCAUUGCCAGAUUGAGCACCACAUGACGUCAUAUUCCAGAAAACUUGAAAUUAAUUUUACGAUACUUCCGCUUCACGUAGGGGAACCAUGUUGUUAGAGAUUACUGUGUGGGGUGCUUAGAUUGCAAUGGCACAAAUUUGGUAGGGUGUCUCAAGACACGAGAGUUAGUCCGCAGUGGCGUUUUAAAGGGGAAGUGACACUGCCUCAAGUUUGGUUGCAUAAAUGUAAAUGAUGGUUAUUUACAUCGAUGUGAACCUGCAUUCCAAUUUUUACGGCAAAAGGAGUAAUAAGAAGCAUAGAAAAUUGGCACUGCAAAACUGCGAAUACCGAAACUCACCUGACGUCAACGUCACUGUGAGCAGCUCCACCAGUGAAGGGGUGUUGGAGAAACCAGGCGCUCAUGAGAACCAGUAGGUAGGGUGGAGGAUCUUGCUCCUUGAUGCCAGGACAAAUUGCGAAUAUUUGAGUGAGCACAACACGCAGAAAAAUUAUAAUUUUUUGUUGUGUACUGUGGCAUGCAGUGCAAUACACCCAUGAUGCAAUGAACCACAUCUAUCGAGUUGCCACAACCCCCUUUAAACAACAGGGCAUAUCCUCUCCGGGUAUUUCAUGGAGAUGUGAAAUUUGCAUUGUAUUUUGUGUAAGUUUACCAUAGAGUUGAAUGUAUCGAAUUUUGUAUUCCAAAUGGUAGUUUUGCACACUGUUCCCUUUUGUUGUGUUGUGUCCAUGGGUGUCACCUAGCACAACAACAACUGGACAAAUAAUGUGUCUAUCAAAGUAAUGCCGAUCUGCCAGUGCCUUCACUGCGCUUGUGCGUUGAACAGUACAUAGCUUUGGACGGCGUUGCAUUAGAUUCUGGUUUAUGGCAGAGUCUGCUGAUCUCGAACCCAUUCUGCUGGCUUACAGUAUGCGUAGAAAACUGUGUGGAUUUGUUGUUUGUCCUUUGUACUGACCUGUACAUUUGUCCAGGUGCUGCUAUGUGGCUGUAAUGUAUAGGCAAACUUUUCUAAUGGUUUUCUUUUGUAAUUCGAGAGAAGAGAAGCAUUUGAAAUGGAUUUAUAUUCACCAAUGUGAAAAUGAAAAAAAAGUGUUGCUGUGUUCUAUAAAUAGCUGCUUUUCAAGUAAGUUGCAAACGAGUAAUAAAAUAUGAAAGUGCAA